AUGAAUGAGGAUCGACCGAGUGACCUACAUAGACUCCUGGAAAUGCGUGCAGGAUUGAUCGACUGCAAGUGGGAAGCAAAAUUAUCAGGAACUCGUAAAAAGCAGCAAGAAACUUACCCCUUUUACGUGCAGUAUAAUUCUAAUCAUAUUCCUCCUGGUCAGGAAGAAAUCAUUCGUAUCAACUUCAAACCUCAACAAACCUGCUACGUGGAAGCUAAAUUGAAGAUAAUCGUGAAGUUCAGUCUGGAAAGUCAAGUGAUCACGUUGAUCGGCUGUGGAAUCGAGAAACAUUUAAAUGUAAUUGAACCUGAUAUUCGAUUCGAGCCAAUCGUACCUUUUACAAAGAUUCAAGAAACAAUUUUCACGAUUGAAAACCCUUGCGAUUAUCCUGUCGAAUUUUUCUGGCAUCAUUUGGACGAUUCUUUUCAAACGGAAGAUCAAAUCAUAAAGACGCUACUGUAUUACUACCAAGCGAAGGAAAUAUUUUUGCCUCCAAGAAAACCUGGCGAUUCCAUACCUACAAGUUUCUUUCAAUUUUACGAGCAACUUGUGAACGAGAUGGCUCGCACGAUGGUAACAGAGGAACCUGAAGGAACCUUGCUGGAAGACGAAGAGUCUGAUGUUAAUGAAAAAUUAAUUGAAUUUUGCGUAGGGAAAGAGACGGAUGCAGAACAAGAAAGAACAAGCAAAUUUAACUUGUCGAAGAGGAGGCUAAGGAAACGGGAUAGUAGAUCUACUAGACGAUCGAGAAUGAAAACAAGCGUUCGUGGAUCCAGUCGUCGUGGAAAAAGAAGCGAUAUCUUCAGCGAAGCUUCCAGCACAGAUCUGGAGAGAAAUGAUUGUCCAACAUUUUCAAUUUUAAACGAAAGUGUGGUAGAAUUCGUACCUUUGCCUACCAGUGAUCCUGAAGAGAUUCAGAGACUGCUUUUCUGCUACAUUGACGCUCUGUAUCAAACACCGGAUAUUUUGAAUAAAUUGAACGAUCCUGUGAAGGAAUUAUUCAAUGAUUCAGAAGAGAAAUCAGACGAUCUUCCUGAUCCUUCGAAACCGAUGAAAAGAGUCUGCAUUAUUUUCCAUGGAGCACCUUUUACAGCGUAUCAAGAAACUGCAUGCAAAAGUGCAAGAGCAUUACAAAUACCUGUGCUUAACAUCGACAAUGCGAUUACUGAAAUAAUUGCACUUGGGGGGAAUUCAUGUUCAAUUCAAUUGCGACAAAUUAUCGAUGAUGCUUAUGAAAAUUAUUCGGAAGAUUUCGAAAGACACAAGAAUCGUUUGAAUAUGAAAGACGAUCGCAAAGAGGGAACAGAAUCAGCAACCGAUGCAGAAACGCAACGAGAUGAGGUGACGAACGAACCAUCUUCAAGAACAAAAAGUUCAAGAACGAAAAGUUCGAGAAAUCCUUCGAGCAAGAAGUCUUCUCCGAAGAAAGAAAAAUCCUCUAGGUCGAAUAAAACUGAUACUUCAAACGCGCAACAAGAAGUUUUCCUUAAAUUGCACGCGGAGUCCGAUUAUUUGAAGGAGCUCAAUAAAGUACCUGCAAUCGAUGUACUGGAACUGCUGGAUCCUUUGAGCCGAUACGAAUAUAAAAUUCAAGGGCUUUUAUUGCUGGAAAAGAUACUCGACGGUGGAAGUCCAAGGAAGAAACGAAAUGCUUCGUUCCUUGGAAUCGCUCAGGAAUUGCUCGUCGAAGCUGUCGAAGAACGAUUAUCCAUGGAGGAUUUCAAACGCGGUUUCGUUCUGCAGAGUUUGGAAAGCAAUUUUCUAAGCAACAGCGUCGUCGACGUUUUGCUUCUCUUAUUGCGGAUCAUUGGCCACGUUGAGUACUUCCUGUUCGUUACUUUCCUUAAUUCGAUGGCCAAUUACAAUAGCAAAGUCGGUGAACUUCGACGAGAACAAGCGGAGAAAAUGGUCGAUGUUGGCAAGAAGAUUCAGGACAUUCGCGAGAUGACGUCGUCCCAAUACGAUCUGCUUUCAGAUCAAGAUAAGAAGCUGUAUCUAGAUGCAAUUUUGCCUGUCAAAAGGGCGGAAGCAGCCAAGAGAAAAGCUAGAUAUCUUGAACGAAUGAUGGAGCAUAAAAAGAAAAAGGAGGUUCGUGGACGCGUUACGAACUCAAAGACGUCGAAAGUAAAAGAAAAUCCUAAGUCGAAAUCAGGAAAGAACAGUAAAAAGUCCACGACUUCGAAACAUUCCAGCAAACGAGAUACAACUGGCAGCAAAGCAACGAGGAGCAGGGAUAGCCCGAGACAAAGUAGGGGAGAGUUGCCGAAUUUGGACCGUCGUCUAGAUUGGACCCAUCACCUUAUAUUACCUCCUAUAACAAAUAAUAUCGCAGUAUAG